AUAAUAUGACAUAGUCACGUAAUAACCUAGCGUCAAACUCUGUCGAUAUUUUCUCAACAUAAUAUGACUAAUUUACUUUACGAUUUUUGCGACAUGUGUAAUACAAAGUCUCUCUGACGGACAGACAGAUUGACGAACAGAAAAAUCCUACCGCGUAUUGGUUCACGAUAGGCCUUCUACUUAUAAUAAAGAUAAUAGUGUUUAGAUGGUCGCCGUGAAAAAAUCGAUCGUCUUGGGUGUUCAGAUUCCGCUUUGUCUUAAUUCUCAAAUGUCUAAUAUAAUGAUUAACGACACCCAAUUCGUAUGAAUAUUCAAACCAUAACAUGUCUAUUUCAGGCGUAUAAUCUUUACAUAUUAUGCUCAUGGCAGAUUUUUUUCAUCUUAUUUUUGCGAAACAUGACAUAUUGUAAUUAUGUUUGGAGAGGCAUAUAAUAUCGUUCUCUUUAUUUAAGAUUUCAUGGAAGAAUAUAAAACAAAUGAAGGUGAACAAGACAUGUAUCUUACAAUGAUAUCUAGACCUGCUAGUCCAAGACGUAAGUAAAUUUAAAACUGGUAAGUAUACACAGACCAUGAAUUUAAAUUUGUACCAAAUGCUGUUUCGGCAAUGCCACAAAAUAUUUAAGAUUUAUAUAGAAGUCACACGAUAAUAAAUGCAAGGGAAAACAGUAAUAUUCUAUUUAACAAUACUCUACCUGUCCAUCUGUCAUAUUCGAAUCGCCCAACCUUUUCACUUACACUAUAAGAAAACUAACAUCACUUUGCAGAUAGUUCCUUUCUUUUUUGUAUGGCAUCGCCUAAUUUCGAUAUUCUAAACAGAAGUGAUUAGCUAAAGACUUGAAGUAUAUUCAACAACUCCAAAAACGACGAUUGCAGUUCAAAACUGUGUUAAACAGGAAUCAUGUCAGCUAUGAAAAAUAUCUAUUAAUAAAAAGUAAAAUGUGAUAUACCAUGCUCUUUAUUUUAUAUUUUCAAUUUUAUGUAGGUGAAAAAUAUGAAAGAAUAUAUCCAGAUGUACGACCAGGCAAAAGAUCUCCAGUUAUUUUAGGAUAUGAAAAGGAUUUGAUGGAAAAAGAUAAAACAGAUGAAGAUAUGGCGGACCCUUUCUGUAAACAUAUGAUAUUUAGAUCUGCUGGGCAAAGACUGCAUAGAUUUCCAGUUACUUCAGAAGGAUAUGAUCAUGAUGAUAAGCAUAUGAUGGAUUUAUAUAGAACUGAAGAAGACGGGGGCAUUGUUAAAAUGCUUUGUAGAGCUAUUCAAAGACGAGAAAAAUACAAAAGAUUAUAUCCAGAUGUACGACCAGGCAAGAGAUCUCCAGUUAUUUCAGAAGGAUAUGAAAAGGAUUUGAUCGAAGAAGAUAGAACAGAUGAAGAUAAAGUUUACCCUCAUAGUGAAACAUAUGAAAGAAAAUAUCCAGAUGUCCGCCAAGGCAAAAGAUCUCCAACCAUUUCAGAAGAAUAUGAAAAGGAUUUCAUGGAAGAAUAUAAAACAAAUGAAGGUGAACAAGACAUGUAUCUUACAAUGAUAUCUAGACCUGCUAGUCCAAGACGUGAAAAAUAUGAAAGAAGAUAUCCAGAUGUACGUCCAGGCAAAAGAUCUCAAAUCAUUUCAGAAGGAUAUGAAAAGGAUUUGAUGGAUUUGUGUAGAACUGAACAUGACGAGGAUAUGCAUCUUACAAUGAGGUCUGGACCUGCUAGUCCAAGACACGGCGUAGAUGAAUAUAUGAGGACAAAAGAAAAAGAAGAACCAUUACGCAGACUCAAAAGCAGACGAAGUUCAAUCUAAGACGAAUCGUUGUACAAUAUGCUAAUCAUCUUUAAAACACAGACAUGGUGUAGGUCAUUAGAAAUAUCUUCAGAUGAAAUAACAAUUGAAAGAAGUAAAAUACGUAAGAGACAUACCAAGCCAGAAUAGACAUACCAGCAGGAAAUAGAUACACCAGGAGGAUAUAAAAGUGCGAAGGAAUUGAACUGAAUAAAAUAACUACAACUUUCUGGCACUUUAUGUUACAGAACCCAUGUCAUCUUUGGAUGAACAGAAUUUGCAUAUCAAAAAGAAAACGUUUCCAAGCAACUUGGUAGAUCUGUUUACUGAAUAAACGCAAUAGACUGUGCAGUUUUUCGCCUUGUGACAUUUGGUUACUAGCAGGGACCAUGAUAACACCAUAGCACUCUCCGUAUACCUGUUUCUUUCUUUCUCUUAAUUUAUAUGUUACUCGUCAAUAUUGAAGGAGAAGAAUGCCAUGACAAAACUUAAUAGAAUAUGUGUAAAUGACUUACCCCGGCUGGUCAUUAUGUCUAAAAAUCUAAGACUCUAAGGUCGCAUGCUAAAUAUCUGAAGGUGACAUAUAAUCAUCUUUUUUUUCAGAUAAUAUUCUUAACAGUAACGCAAAUAUUAUUAAAUAAAUGCCAACAUCCUUUUACAAUAUUGAGUAUCCCGUAUUCUCUAAGAUUGUAAGAAACACGCUUUAGGGUACCUGUUGCCCGACUACAGUAAAAAUAAAAUGAAAAUAUUAUAUCAACAUUUCUGGAUAUCUAAGUCAUUGGAGAAAGCUUUAAGAUAUCAAACAACACAGCCGUUUAUGGCAUUCCACGAGCAAAAAUAGUGUGCUUUCCUAGGAGAAGCAGGACUCACCUUGAACACACAGGGCAUCUUAUAAUAUCUAAUAUGGAGGUGAAAACACUACACAUUGUGAAACGGUAGUUUCUUUCUUUGGGUAUUUUGAAUAAAGGCACACCUCAUUUCAAAUGAUUUUGGUCAGACUGCAAACAUAAAAUAAAACUAUACUUGUAGCAAUCAAGUUUAAUGGCAUUCACUUCUGAAGAACAUGCUCAUACACUGUACAUAAUGAAAAACAUAUAUGUAAGUAUUCAUGAAUUGUGUUGUGUUAUGAAGGAAUGUCUUAAAAGAUUUCUUAAAUGUUUUACGGAGGAUCUCUUGUAAAGUCAAUUACGAGGAGCAGUGAGCUGUUUGAAACUUUGCGCCUUUAUAUCAAUUUAAACGACAAUUACCAAGCACAAUAUUGUCGCUUAUAUGCGCCAUAUGUACUUUUUUGCCUACCUAGAAACUGUGAAAUUAAAGUAUUGAAGGCACCGAACGAUAUACUUCGAGAUAAAAACUUGUGAACAUAUAUUCGCCAAAUUUUGAGAUGAACGAAUUCGAGAUACCGAGUUUCAACUGUAUGUACAUAUUUUACUUUACUUAAAAUGCGUUUGUGUAUUGACAUAAGUGAUACGUGAUUUCUGAAGAAAACGGCCGGAUUCGAAUUAAAAAAAACAUCUAUGGUCUGAGUGAAACGAAGUGUUCCGUCAAUUGUUACCUCUUAAAAACGUUAGACACUGUAGAUGAAAGCAGUGUAGUAUAAACACUGUAGCCGUGUAGUUGCAAAUGUAUAACUUUGUCCUGGUAAUGUUUGUUAAAAAAAAAAAAAAAAAAAAAACGCAAUGAAGUUUUGAGAAAUCUAUUUUCCUUCGAUAAAAAUGUUAUUAUUAUUACUAAUUAUAAUAACUGCUAUACAAUUAUGCUUUGUAUAAAACACUGGGAUAGACAUUGGUUGUCGAACGAAAGACAAAUGUUCUAUAGAAUGGUCAGUGUGGAUUAUCACCAGAUUCAUAAGCACAUCCAACAACUAUUAGUAAAUUUAUAAAAAACUUGACAAAAAUAUAUAUUUUUUCAUAUUUGCACUAUUUCUAUUGUCGCUGUACAUAGUGACCUAACAAUAACCUACAGAAUAUAACGUUGUUUCUUUUAUAUAAAGAAGUAUAGUCAGAUGUGUAGAUUAUUCCAAAAGUUGUUUGCAAGAAUGAAAAAAAAAAAACAAAAACACUUUUGUGCGAUGUAAGCAAAACAGAGUUAUAUUGUUUUAUUGUUAUUUUGUUUAAAUUAAGAAGUAUGUUUCAUUUAUGAAAUUUGACUCUUCAUUUUUUUAGAUAUGAGAAAAAUCUUUAUUGAAACGAUAAUGUAUCAAACAUAUUAAUGGGAAUAAAA